GCCUACGUUUACAUGUGGAGGAGUUGUAUCUGGAGAGUCAGGGUUUAUCGGGAGUGAAGGAUUUCCUGGAGUCUACCCUCCAAACAGCAAAUGUACUUGGAAAAUCACAGUCCCAGAAGGAAAAGUCGUGGUUCUUUCUUUUCGAUAUUUAGACCUGGAGAGUGACAACUUGUGCCGAUACGAUUUCGUGGAUAUAUACAAUGGCCAUGCCAACGGCCAACGCAUCGGCCGGUUCUGUGGUACUGUGAAACCAGGUGCCCUUGUAUCCAACAGCAAUAAAAUGCUGGUGCAGAUGACUUCAGAUGCUAAUACUGCUGGAAGUGGAUUCAUUGCAAAGUUUUCUGCAGCAGAACCACAUGAAAGAGGGGAUCAGUACUGUGGAGGACGACUGGACAAGCCUUCCGGGUCCUUCCAGACGCCCAACUGGCCAGAGCGAGACUACCCAGCAGGAGUGACCUGUUCCUGGCACAUCGUCGCUCCAAAGAACCAGCUAAUAGAGUUGAAGUUCGAGAAGUUUGAUGUGGAGAGAGACAACUACUGCAGAUAUGACUAUGUGGCUGUGUUCAACGGUGGGGAGAUCAACGACGCCAAGCGCAUUGGGAAGUACUGCGGCGACAGCCCACCCGCGCCUAUUCUCUCUGAGAGAAAUGAGUUGCUCGUUCAGUUUUUGUCUGAUUUAAGCUUAACAGCUGAUGGUUUUAUUGGCCAUUACAAAUUUCGACCAAAGAAGUUACCCACAACUACAGUUCUGCCUACAACCACAACAGUCCCUGCUACCUCAG